CACGUUUUUUUUCUCAAGUAGAACAAACUGGCUCAGUUUAAAAUGAGGACUUUUCCAAUAAAACACGCUCAGAUAUUUUCAAUUUUAGCCAGAAUUAUCACAAUGUUUACUUCGACAGUAGCUUCAGCUAUCGAGGUCACUGGCCUACAAAGUCUGGAGUGUGAUUUCUCUCAGGACACGUGCAGUUGGGAGAUACGACGUGGCCAAUGGAAAAGGAUGGAAGUCAGCCAGGUGACGGAUGUGCCUUCCCCUAACGGAGGUUCCUACGUGAUGGCUUUUAUAGGAGACACCAAUGACCAGGCCAUCCUUUCCAGCAGUUACGUUACAAUGGACUCGGAAAUUAAAACCUUAGAAAUGUUUCUCUGGUUAACAGUAGGUGUCACUUUUAGCGUUGACUUGCAAACUGAUAAAAGUCGACCAGUGAUUUUCUACAAAGCUGUUAACAACAAGUGGAAAACAUUUCAAAUAUCACUGGAAAAUAUUAGGAAGAGUGAAGAAUUCAGGAUUAAUGUAAAACUUCUCGGAAUCCCACAAGAUCAGAAAUAUUCAUUUGCGAUUGCCUAUAUAAAACUCAUUUCUCAAACAUCCACGGAAAUUCCACAGACGAGUUAUAUUUCCACUGAAUUUAGGACUGUUCCAACAACAAUAACGAAACCAGAAGAAAAUCUAUCUUCAACAGAAACUACAGUUUUAACACUUAUCAGUGCAAAGUCUACAAA